AUGAGUGAGCAAGCGAAGGAAGUUAAAGCAGAAACAAAGGACAAGAAGGAAGAGGAGGAUAAGACCUUAAGUCCAGAAGAGUUGGCAGCAAAGAAGGCGAAGAAGGAAGCCAAGAAGAAGGCUAAAGAGGCCAAGAAGAAGGCUAAAAUGGCCAAGUUCUUGGCAAAGAAGAAGAAGAGAGAGCAGUUGGCCAAAAACCAGGCAAAGAACCAGGCUACAAAGCAGAAAAAAAGCAAGGAAAAGGCAGAACCAGCACCAAAGUUUGUUGACAAGACUAUUCCAGGUGAGAAGAAGAUUCUGGUCAGUUUGAAGGACCCAUCAUUCUCAUCUUACGACCCACAGGCCGUGGAAUCGUCGUGGUACGAUUGGUGGGUGAAACAGGGCUUUUUCAAGCCUGAAUAUACGGAAGACGGCAAGGUGAAGCCGGAAGGUCUGUUUGUCAUUCCUGCACCACCUCCUAAUGUGACCGGUGCCUUGCACAUUGGUCACGCCCUCACGGUUUCCAUUCAGGACACGUUGGUUCGUUGGAACAGAAUGAAGGGCAAGACCGUGCUCUACAUUCCGGGUUUCGAUCAUGCCGGUAUUGCAACGCAGUCUGUUGUGGAGAAGAAUCUAUGGAAGACGGAAAAGAAGACCAGGCACGAUCUUGGAAGGACGGAAUUCACCAAGAAGGUCUGGGAGUGGAAGGAGAAGUUCCAUGCACGGAUCAAGUCACAGUUCCAGGCAAUGGGUGCAUCGUACGACUGGUCCAGGGAGGCAUUCACUCUUGAUGAUAAGCGUUCCAAGGCAGUUGCCGAGGCGUUUGUCAGAUUGUUUGACGAGGGUAUCAUCUACAGGGACAACCGGUUGGUGAACUGGUCGGUGAAGUUGAACACGGCCAUCUCGAACUUGGAGGUCGAAAAUAAGACCGUUGCAGGACACACCAUGGUUUCUGUUCCGGGUUACGACCAGAAGGUGGAGUUCGGUGUGCUUACGUACUUUGCAUACCCAGUUGUUGGCUCAGACGAGCGUUUGGUGGUUGCUACCACUCGUCCGGAGACUAUCUUCGGAGAUACGGCAGUCGCAGUCCAUCCGGAUGAUAAGAGAUACGCCCAUUUGCACGGCAAGUUUGUGCAGUGUCCAUUUAGCGACAGGAAGAUUCCUAUUAUCACGGAUGCGCAGGCCGUUGAUAUGGAGUUCGGUACCGGUGCCGUCAAGAUCACCCCGGGCCACGAUUACAACGAUUACAGUACCGGUAAGAGGAACAACUUGGAGUUCAUCAACAUCUUCACGGAUGACGGUAAGUUGAACGAGAACUGUGGUGAGUAUGCUGGGCUCAAGAGGUUUGAUGCCAGGACUGUCGUUAUCGAGCAAUUGAAGAAGAAGGGCUUAUGGCUUCGUGAGGAAGGCCACGAGAUGACUUUGCCAUUCUGCUCGCGUUCAGGUGAUGUUGUUGAGCCUUACUUGAAGCCUCAGUGGUGGGUCAGCGAGAAGAAGAUGGCCGAGGAUGCCAUCAAAGCCGUUAAGGAGGGCAAGAUCACCAUUUCGCCAGUUUCGUCUCUUCAUGAAUUCUACCACUGGUUGGAGAACAUCCAGGAUUGGUGUAUUUCUCGUCAGCUUUGGUGGGGACACAGGUGCCCAGUGUACUUUGUGAAUAUUGAGGGCCAAAACAACAGCAAAGACAGUAGUGACUACUGGAUUGCCGGCCGUACUUUGGAGGAGGCCCAGGAGAAGGCUGAGAAGAAGUUUAGCGGUUUGAAGUUCACCCUUGAGCAGGAUGAAGAUGUUCUUGACACGUGGUUCUCGUCCGGUUUGUGGCCUUUGUCCACUUUGGGAUGGCCUGAGAAGAACAAGGACAUGGAGGUUUUCCACCCAAUGUCGAUGUUGGAGACCGGCUGGGAUAUUCUCUUCUUCUGGGUUGCACGUAUGAUCAUGCUUGGAAUCAAAAUGACGGGAGACGUUCCUUUCAAGGAAGUUUUCUGCCACUCGUUGGUUAGAGAUGCCCAGGGAAGGAAGAUGUCCAAGUCUUUGGGUAAUGUUGUUGAUCCAUGGGAUGUCAUCCACGGUAUUUCUCUCGAAAACUUGCACAAGCAGUUGUACAACGGUAACUUGGACCCAAGAGAGAUCGAGAAGGCUAAGAAGGGCCAGGCUUUGUCAUAUCCUAGCGGCAUUCCUCAAUGUGGUACGGAUGCACUUCGUUUCGCCUUGUGUGCUUACACCACCGGUGGAAGGGACAUCAACCUCGAUAUUCUUCGUGUUGCAGGUUACAGGAAGUUCUGCAACAAGAUUUUCCAGGCCACCAAGUUCGUUCUGAUGAGAUUAGGUGACGAUUACGUUCCUCCUGCCGAGGCCAAGCUUUCUGGCAAGGAGACGUUGGUUGAGAAGUGGAUUUUGCACAGAAUGAACUGCUGUGCCAAGAAGUUGAACGAGACUCUUGAGCAGAGAGACUUCUACGAGGCCACCCAGGCCAUCUACAACUUCUGGUUGUACGAGUUGUGUGAUGUGUACAUUGAAAACUCCAAGUAUCUUAUUCUUGAAGGAACCGAGGAGCAAAAGAAAUCUGCCAGAGACACUCUUUACACGUGUAUUGACGGUGCUCUAAGGAUGAUUCAUCCAUUCAUGCCAUUUGUCACUGAAGAGAUGUGGCAGAGAUUGCCAAAGAGAGCUUCCGAGAGGGCUGAGACCAUUGUCAAGGCUAAGUACCCUGAGUACAGGAAGGACUUGGACAAUCCAAAGGCAGAGGUUGCUUACAACCUUGUUCUGAAUAUCAUUAAGUCUGCCAGAUCCUUGCUUUCCCAGUAUAACAUCACGAAGAACGCGAAGAUCUACAUCGAGACCUCGAGUGAUGACGUUAAGGCUAUCUCUGAAGACCAGAAGGAUGCUAUUCAGUCUUUGAUAAAGGCUGUUGUUGAUGUUGAGAUCGUUUCAUCUGCUUCAGAAGUUCCUAAUGGCUGUGUCUUGGAUGCUGCAUCACCUGAGUGUAAUGUUCACUUGAUGGUUAAAGGUGCAAUUGACAUCGACAAGGAGAUAGAGAAGGUCAACAGGAAGUUGACUAAAUCGGAGUCCACGUUGAAGAAUUUGAAAAAGGUGAUGAGCGCCGAAGAUUACAAGAUCAAGGCUUCAGAAGAUGCGAAAGAGAAAAACACCAAGAAUGCAGUUAAUGCUGAGGCUGAUAUAGAGGGCUACAAAGCUACCAUUGCUAACCUCGAGAAGUUGAAGUUGUGA